AUGGAGGACGAGGAGGAGGAGAUCACGGCCUCCGCGCUGCGGGGCAAGCCCCGGCCGCUGCCCGUCUCUGCGCUGUCCGCCUUCAGCUACGUCCCUCCGCGGCGCCAGGACCCCAAGGAGCACAGCUACUACUACCGCCAGGGCCGGACUGGAAUCAUUUCCCUGUAUGACUGUGUUUUUAAGAGGGACCCAGGUUAUAAUCAGAACUUACACCGAGAUGACAGAGAACACGCCAAAGGCCUGGGACUCCACGUUAAUGAGGAGGAGCGCGAGCGGCCGGUGGGGGUGCUGUCAUCUUCGGUCUAUGGCUGGCGCAUCCACCAGCCUGUGGAGCCUCUGAACCGGGACCACGGCCGCGCAGGCCACGUGAAGGCCGACUUCUACCGGAAGAACGACAUCACCAGUAUCAAGGCGCCUGGCUUCGGGCACAUCUCUCCCGCCUGA